GGUACCUAUAUCACUUAUCAGUAAAUUCAACAUAAUACAUUUUUUAAAUAAGAAUACCUAUUAAAUUAAAAAAUAAAUAACAUGAUUUGGUCAAUAAUUAAUACGUAUACAAUCAUAAUACUUUACAGAUACCUACCUAAUAAAUUAUGUAAUAAAUCACGUGAUUUGAAAAAUAUGAUACCUAUCUAUACGUUAAAUUUUACAAAGAGAAAUAUGAUGUACAAUAACAUCCAGCGGAGGGGCGAUAAUUUUUCUAUAAAACGACGAUCUAUAAAAAUAUUGAUCAUACUAUAGAUUAUAUUGUUUAAUUUGCUCUUCGUAUUUGUAAUACAAGUCAAUUUUAAUUUGUUAAUAGUGACUAUAGAAUACACACUAGAAAUAAUGCCUGUCGGUAAGUAUUUAAUAAUUUAUUUUUGUAUUACAUCUAUACCUACCUAUAAGUUAUAGCUAAGCGUGCUUGCCCCAUUUUUUUCGGUUAAAUUUUGCAUAAUAUAUUCAAAUUUUGAUUUUUAAAAUUUUUAAGUGUAGUUAAAGCCGAAAUUUUCGAAUAUUUAGAUUUUUCACAGCAUUUAAGGAGUAUCCUGUGGCGAUACUAACUUUGGUUUUUCAAUUGAGAACCUAUAUUAAAAAUUCCCUAAAUAGACGGAGUAUUACUUCAAAUAAAUUUUUGAUUUCCGUCAACCCGUUAACGAGAUGUUCCACUUUCAAGUUUAAGUAGGGGAAGAGUAGUGGAGUGCUGAAACUUCGCACACCGUACCGCCACAAAAAUGAUAGUGCUAAACCAAUUUUGGUAUAGAGAAUAGUUAUUCGUAGGACCUUGGAGAAAAACAUAGGCCAUUUUUUAUCAUGAAAAUAAAACUUGAAGGGGUUGAAAGUAUUUUUGGUACGAAAAUUAUUGUUGUUGAAUUAUGGACUACCUUAGUAACACGGAUUAAAUAAAAAAUAAUAAUCAACAGAAAUAAAAUUGCUAUAACAACUAAAAAUAAGAAGUCUAUCUGACUGUCGGUCCAUUACUGGCUUAAAAUAGGGUGGGACACCUUUCUAUCUUUUAGUAACAUGGAUGAAAAUAAACAAAAAACUUUGUAUUGUGCACCUGCACUGGGUGAAAAGUGAAACGUGUAAAACGUCGUAUUUGCAUCUGUAAUUGUUGGUACAUUAAACAACUCGAGUCUGGGGAAAAAAAAAAAGAUAAAAAUAAUAUAGAAAGCACAGUUGUUUUCAAUAUUAUAGUAUUAUUUUUUAUGUAUAAAUCAUUGAUAACUACCUAUAUGUAGGUAAGUACUUUUUGGAUUGCUUUACUGCGGACAUUAAUUGGUAUUGAUAACUAUAGAUAUUUCUUAAACUAUCAAAUAGUCAGUUCUAAUAAUUUUAUAAAUUAAUACCAAAUAAUAUAUAUAUAUAUAAUUGUUUUUAUUAUAAUAUGUUAAUUAGAAAAAAAAUACAAAAAGUCUGUCGCUAUAAUUGGUUGUGGAGUUGCUGGAUUAGUAGCUCUUCGACAUUUUUCUGCCGAAGGGUCACAAUUUAAGUGUGUAGCUUAUGAACAGACAGACAAUGUUGGUGGUACAUGGGUAUACACCGACAAAAUAGGCACAGACAAAUAUGGCUUACCAGUUCAUUCCAGCAUGUACAAAAGUUUGAAGUAAAUACUUAAAUAAAAGGCUUUUUAAUUUCAUAUUUAUAAUUCUAUCUAAUCGGUUUUGUAUUUAGAACGAAUCUGCCAAAAGAAAUUAUGGAACUUCCUGGAUUCCCCCACAAGGGUCCCGAAGACAAAUCUUACGUAGCAGCCAAUGAAAUGUUAAAAUACUUGGAAGAUUUUGCGGAUUAUUUCGACUUAAAGAAACAUGUCAAGGUAAAUAUAUUGGUUAUAAUAAUCAGUACCUAUUUAGUACAAUACUGAAAAUACGAGUUCUAUAAAUGUAUAUAAUUAUCUUGUAGUUCCAUCAUCAUGUAAAGAACAUUAGUCCUUUGGACGGAGACCGUUGGCUUAUAACUGUAGUUGAAUUGCAAACAAAUAUUGUGGAAACAUUGGAAUUUGACGGAGUUAUUAUAUGCAUUGGGUAUUUAAUAUCUUUUUAAUCUUAUGGAAUAAAAUUAUUAUCUUAUUAAUAAGUGUUAAAAAUAUACUAGAAAUUAUAGCAAUCCAGUAAUUCCUGAUGUUCCUGGAAUAGAAAAGUUCUGUGGAAUGAAAAUCCAUAGCCAUGAUUACAGAGAUUCUUCAGUAUUUAAGGACAAAUCCACUGUAGUUAUUGGUUGUGGUCCCUCUGGCUUAGACAUAUCUUUUGAUAUUUCAAAAGUCGCUAGAAAAGUAAUACCUAGCAAUAUAAUAUAUUUAUAUUUUUCAUUAUUUAUUGUUAGACAAAAUUAAAUUCAUAAUUUAUUUUUAGGUAUACUUAAGUCACCACAACCAGCGUGUUAAAAACAUGGAGUGUCCAUCAAAUAUGGUUCAAAAAGUUGACAUUAAAGAAAUAGUAGAAAAUGGUGUAAUUUUCCAAGAUGGAUCUUAUGAACAAAUUGAUUCAGUUUUAUAUUGUACAGGUAUUACGCAAAUCAUUGGAAAUAACAAAACAUUUUAGCAAUUAACUGUAUUUUGAUUUUGUUUUAGAAAUGUAAAGAAAUUGGCCUACUAUGGCUUGAAAUUUUGUGGCCUUUUUUGGCACAAUAUUAUCAUCAAAGUAUUCAUGUAACUAUAUUUUGGAUUUUCUUCAUUUGAAUGACCUUUUAAAGGUCUUAAACUAUAAGAUAUUAUUUUUAAUAAUUUAGCUGUAGUUAAACAUUUUAAACACAAUGUUUGUCAUAAAUUAAUAAAUAUUUAGUUAUUAAAGGGGUGUCAUUUGGGAGGAGGAUGUACGGUUGUAUCCCUUACUUUUAAUAUUGUUCAAGUUGGCUUGCUAAUUUAUUGUAUUUCCUAAAAACAAAAUUAUUAUUUUAUUGUCAAUGGUUACAACAUACUUACUACAUACAUGGGUUAAUAUUCUAAUAAGCUUGCUACUAAUUAAUUGAGGAGGCUAUAGAUGACAUUUACAAUUGUUGUUUAUCAAAACUGAACCACAGGUUAAAUAAUUAUUGGAGUUUAAGUUCAUGGUAAUUCUUUAAUCUAUAUGCUAAACUUAACAUUCACAGGUAUCCUCUUAUUUCUAAUAAACUUUUUUUGUUUUUUAUAUAAUGUUUUACUUGUAAAAACUUAGUCAUUUAUAAAUUUAAAUAGUAAAUGUUUUUCAUUUAUUUUGUAUUUAUUUUUAUUACCUAAGUAUUGCAUAUAAUUAUUUAAUAUAUUUUCACAGCUAAAGUAAUCAAUUAUUUAUUAUCUUUAAGUUUUUAAAUAUUCAUUUUUAUUAUUUAUUUUGGUAGAAAAUAGUGAAUUGAAAAAUUAAAGGCAGGAUAGUGCACAUAGGUAUAUCUAUAUUAUAUGGUCAAGUGAAAUUUCAAUAUGGUCUACUUGAAACCUCGCACACCCAAAAAGAAAACUGAAAUGACACCCCUAAGUUAUUAUUUUAAUUAAAUUUUUUUAUUUUCAAAUAAUUUAUUUAAUUAAUUCUAUAAAUAGGAUACCAAUAUAAAUACCCGUUUCUGAGCUCUGAAUGUGGGAUUUAUGUAGAGAAUAAUCAUGUUAAACCACUUUUCAAGCAUACACUGAAUAUUGAACAUCCUUCAAUGUACUUUAUUGGGAUUCCAACCAAUAUUGCUGGCUUCUAUAUGUUUGAUUUACAGGUACCUAAUUUAACAAUAAUUAGUACAAAUGUCAUUCACUUUUAAAAAUUGUAAUCAUUUUACUAAUUAACUUAAUAAACUGACAAUAAUCUAAUGUGUAAAAUAAAAUAAAACAUAUCAAAAUCAUAUUUUGUUCAUAGGUACGAUUUGCCAAAACCUUUUUAGAAGGACGAGAAAAAUUACCGAGUAAAGAAGAAAUGUUAGAGGAUACCAAACAGGAUAUAGAGUCAAGAUUAGCAAGUGGAUUACGAUCUAAAGAACUACAUAUGAUGGGGCGCAGAUCAAAAGAUUACUACGAUUCACUAUCGUCUUUAGCAGGGCUAGAGCCAGUUCCACCUGUUAUUUUACAAAUCUACUUUGAUGGAUUCGAUAGAUUCAUGUGUGAUUUUUCACACUUUAGGGAAGACAAAUAUAAAUUAUUAGAUAAAGAUCAUUAUAUGGUUAAAUUUCCAAAUGAGGAUGAGCCUAUAAUGAGGAGACAAGAAAUUGUUUUAAAUUAAGUUGUUUGUCAAAAAUAUUUGUUGAAUAUUUGAAAACUUAUUUAUUUAUUCAAGUUUAUUAUGUAUUAAAUACCUACUUAAAUUAUAAUUGUUAUAUUAUUUUAAUUAUAGGCAUUACAUAAUUUGUUAUUUUUUUAAAAUUAUAAAUAAAUUUUUAUAAAAUAUACAUAUAUUUUUAUUUUUUCAUAAUAUACAUAGAU